AUGGAGGCUCUCUACAGAGUGCAAUCCAAUUUAAUUAACAAUAUCGAAAAAGCUCAAGUGAACUUUAAAAAGAGUCCAAAAACUAGAUUAACAGAAACAUACGUAGAAGCUCGUAAUUCUAAAAUUGACGAAGUUCAAAAAUUACAUUACCUAAAGACGCACAUAUCAGGGGAGGCAGAGCAGUUGCUAAGACACAUACCUGUAACAUCACAAAAUUACCAAAUGUGUUGGGACCAAUUAGAUAGGAGGUACAACAAUAAAAGAUACUUGGCAGAUGGUAUACUGAAAAGGUUCAUGAGCCAAAGAAAUGUAACAACUGAGUCUGCAUCAUCAUUAAAGGAGCUUUUAGAUACAAGUAAUGAAUGUUUGUGUGCUUUAGAUAAUUUAGGUAUUAAUACAGAGCAUUGGAAUGUUAUUGUAAUUUAUAUUCUUUGUUUAAAGUUAGACACUGAAUCUAGAAAACUAUGGGAGGUUAGAUUAAGUGAUUCAUCGGAGGACAUUCCUACGUUUAAAAAUUUUAAGGAAUUCCUAGAACAAAGAUUUCGCUCUUUGGAGUUCUUGGAGAAUAAAAAUUCUAAAGGCUCAAGGAGUCAUACUGUCAAAAAUUUGCAUGUAGUGAAUAAUAAAAUUCAAUCUUGUGGUUUUUGUCAAGAUAAUCAUAAAUUGGCUAAUUGUAAAAAAUUUGCACAAGAAUCUGUUGAGUCACGGCGUGAAUUUGUUAAAAAUCAACGUUUAUGUUUUGGAUGCCUCCAUAGUAACCACUCUGUUUUCGCUUGCCGUCUGCCUAUUAAGUGUAAAAUUUGUAAUAAGCGACAUCAUUCAUUGCUGCAUCCUACGGGUGCAGAGACACGAGAAGGUCAUUUGAAAUCACAAGCACUGGCACAAAGUAGUAGUACCGUAGAACCAAAGGAAGUUAAGUUGAGCAAUAUUGUAACUUGUUUCUCAAAUAUUCAUUGUCAAGUGUUAUUGGCAACGGCCUUAGUUAAGGUCCAGGUGAGAAACAAUUAUAGUAUUAUUGUAAGAGCAUUAUUAGAUCAAGGAUCUCAAGCAUCCUUUAUCACAGAGGCAACCGUGCAGCUUCUGAAGUUGAAUAAAAUAUAUACUGAAAGUAAUGUGAUAGGACUCGGUGGUGAUCAGCAAGGGUCAGUAGUAUCUAAGGCUGUAGUUUUAUUGAAGUUACAAUCACUCCAAGAUCCUUCAUAUAACAUAACUGUUAAGGCACAUGUAUUAAAAAGACUAACUUCUUUCCUUCCUGAAAAACAGGUGGUAUUGCAAGCAUGGGAAGAGUUGUCAAAGUUAAAACUAGCGGAUCCAUUAUUUCAUGCACCUAAUAAGAUUGAUAUUUUGUUAGGUGCGGAUGUCUAUGGACAAGUGUUAAUCAAUGGAAUAUUAAAGGGUCCGCCAGGCUAUCCAAUGGCCCAAAAUACAACAUUGGGGUGGAUAGUCUCCGGCCAGGUUGGGAACAGCAAUAUAAGCAGUUCACAGACAUGUUGCACUUCAAUUAUCAGUAUGCACACUGAAAUAUCUGAAAGGGAUUUAUUGCAGAAGUUUUGGGAAAUAGAAGCUGAACCAAAAGAAAACAAAAAAAGGUUGUUAACUGAAGAAGAAAUAAAAUGUGAAGAAAUGUUUAAAAAUACAACUAAAAGAGAUGAAAAUGGAAGAUACAUUGUGAAGUUACCCUUUAAGUCCAGCAACCCACCAUGCAAGUAUGGUAACAGUAAAGAAAUUGCUUUAAAAAGAUUUGACAUGCUGGAAAAAAGAUUGUCAAAAAAUAAAAAAUUGCAAAAGGAGUAUAGCAAUGUAAUACAAGAUUAUCUAGAUUUAGGUCAUCUAGAAGUUGUACCUAAUAAUGAAGAGGAUGAACCUGAAGCAGUUUAUCUUCCACACCACUGUGUGAUUCGGGAAGAGAAGGAUACAACUAAAGUACGGGUUGUCUAUGACGCCUCAUGUAGGGAUAAAAAUGGGGAAUCAUUAAACAGCAAUUUGAUGAUUGGACCUACCCUGCAAGAUGACUUGCGUACCUUGAUCAUGCGCUGGCGUGGUAACCCAAUAUGCCUUGUUGCCGACAUAGAGAAAAUGUAUAGGCAAGUAAAAGUGAGCAAGGAAGAUAAUCUGUAA